AUGGAUCAUUAUCAGAAUUCUAAUCCCAAAGGGUACCAAAGACAGAGACCGUUUGGCUCAUCCGGCGACGGCGGCAGCAGCGGCGGCGGCUCCGAUAUGCCCCAUGAAAUAGAUGACCAUAAAAAGAAGAAAAAGCUUCUCCACCGCGACAUCGAACGCCAAAGAAGACAAGAAAUGGCUACACUCUUUGCUUCUCUUCGUACUCACCUACCUCUCCAAUACAUCAAGGGGAAAAGAGCUGUUUCGGAUCAUGUAAACGGAGCGGUGAAUUUCAUAAAAGACACGGAAACACGGAUUAAAGAACUCAGUGCAAGAAGAGACGAGCUAAGUAGAGAAACGGAUCAAAGAUAUACAUCGAAUCCGGAUCCAGCAAAUACUAGACCUGAGUUAGGCAAAUCAGAUCCGGCGAGUGUGAUGGUGCAACCAUGCGUAAGCGGUUUCGAAGUGGCGGUGAGCAGCAACUCGUCAGGUCCGGAAGCUUUGCCCCUCUCAAGAGUGCUUGAGGCACUUCAGGAGCAAGGGCUUGAAGUCAUCAGCUCUUUAACCACAAGAGUCAAUGAGAGGCUCAUGCACACUAUUCAAGUCGAGGUUAAUAGUUUCGGAUGCCUCGACUUAGCUUGGUUGCAGCAGAAGCUAGUUGAGGAGUUGAUACUCUCGACGAGGUACUAGUAAGAAACUGAACAUU